AUGGGUUGGUUUAGCAAGCAGAAGGAAAUGGAUGAUCCUACCAAGGCACCUUCAAGAUCAUCGAGAAAGCAGUGCUGGGAAUCGAGGGAUUUGUUCUUUGCAUGCCUAGAUAAGAUCGAUGUCGUGAAUGCCCUUGAUCCAAAGCACCAGAAGGUUAUUAAGAGUAACUGUUCUAGUGAAGAAGCUAAGUUUGAGCACGAUUGCGCUACUAGUUGGAUCAGCUAUUUCAAAGAGAAGAGAGUGGUGGACUUUAAGAGGGAAAAGUUUUUGAAGCAGAUGGAGGAACAGCAACAGCAACAGGGCAAAUGA